UUUUGCUUAAUGAUGGGGCAGACCAGACUUGCAGGCUGAUUUUUGGGAAAUUAUGUUAUUUAACAUCGCCGCUUCGCGAUUGGCUGGUGUGGCGACCGUGCUUUAAUGACGAAGGCCCACAUCCCAUUGGAGCUCCGCCUCGAAGGGCCGGCGUUUUCCAGCCAGCCCGGUAUCCUCUAGCUCCUCCCACUGCCACCAUUCCUGUCGUCCUUUUAAAGAGAGAUCAUCGUGUCGUCCAAGAGAGCCGUGAAGCAAAACUAACGUGCCGAGCCUGCCAUUCGGUCACAUCAGCUUAGAAUUCAACCAGACAACAACUGUUUAGAUUAUAAACAGCGCAGCUUUUGUCAAAAGUGGGCUCAAGAACACCACCACCUCAAAAGUUGCAUCAUCUCUUCCAAGUCACCGCGAAACGUAAUUCCACAAAUCUCUUAAAGUCUGUACUGUACCAUGAGUUUAGUGAGCGCCUACCCGUCGGCCUAUGCCAGCAACCCUGUCGAUAUCAACAGCUCCGUUACAUCAUCCGUCGCCGCUUCCAACAGCAGCAACAACAGCUUUUACAGUCAUCCUCAUCACCACCAAAGUUCAUCGGCAGGUGACUACUCUGGCGGACAGCACCAGAAUUUUUUCCCGUCAGCCGGCUGGACUUGGAACGGUAAUACCAAUCCGUCGGUCGCUGAUUUCCAGCCGCCGGCUUCACUCGCCCAGCAGCACUCGCCUUCGCUGAGUUGCUACUCCUCGUCGGCUCCCAGUCCCGACUACUACGUCUACCAGCAGUCGCAACAGCAACAGCAACAACACCAUCAUCAUCCGUACGAAACGACUUCGGCAGUGUCGUCGGUCGACUAUCAUCCGCUGCACCAUCCGUCGACGGUUGCAGCUCCGCGCGUCAUCCGCGUGGUUAAGCGACGCAACACGGCCAACAAGAAAGAACGCCGGCGGACCAUGUCGAUCAACAACGCCUUCUCGGAACUGCGGGAUUGCAUUCCGAACGUGCCGGCCGACACCAAACUGUCCAAGAUCAAAACCCUUCGUUUGGCUACAUCUUACAUUUCGUAUUUGAUGGCCGUCCUGGAAGCCGGCCCUGAAACCGACAUUCCUUUCCGCGCUGAGCUCGGGAGGCAGAGCAAAAGCGAAAAAGCGGCAGCUCAACAACAGCAGCAACAACAGCAACUACAGCUGCAACAUCAACAGCAACACCAGCAGCAACAAUUUAGUGUCAACAUCCAUCACAAAGAACAGCCGAAGGAGGAGGAGCCUAAUUUGAACGGCACGUUGCUCUGCCCGUCGAAUGGAGACAAGCGAAGCAAAGGACGAACGGGAUGGCCGCACCACGUCUGGGCCCUUGAGCUGAAACAAUAAAAAAACAUAUUAGUAAUAACUGACGUUGAUGGCCAUGUUGUAACUUUACGUCGACGUUUGGAAUCAAGUUCACCUCCCAGUAUUGAUGACUCGAUGUAUUAUAUUCUCCCGUCUAUGAACAUGAGUUUGUUUUAUAGUUCGUAACUUGUUAGACUUGUAUAGUAAAUAUCAGUGUAAGAGAGAAAACAAAAAGCAAUGAAGAGAAUUUCUGUGGGCUUUUUUUUUUCUAGAACAAAUGUAUUAGUGUUUAAUUGCAUUUUAUGCACGCAUUGUGUCUGGUCGUGUGUUAAAAGCUGUUUGUAAGAAUAAAAAAAAAGUUUCAAUUUUGAA